AUGAGAACAUUUUACGUGUUAUCAAAAUCUUUUUUUAAAUGUGAGAAUUACCUGAUCAAUUUUUUGAGUAAAAAGAAUUGUAUGAAUAUCAAUAAAAAAUAUUUUUCAGAGAAAAGUAUAAUAAACUCAAUAAGAAAAGCAAAAAAUAAACUGGAUAGGGGUUCUUUGUAUUUAUUACAAGAAUCAAUUAACAAUGAUUGCAAAUUUUUAAAUGAAGAAAAGAAAGUGAAGUUUCAAAAAAUAAUUAAUGAGUUAAACGAUUUGUUAAAUGAGAAGUUUUAUUUGAUAGAAGAAAAAACUAAAAUAUUAAAUCAAAAAAAUUCAAAUAAAUAUAAAAAUAAAGAAAUUUUUGGUUUAUUUGUAGCAGGAUUUUUUUUUGCCAUUGGUUCAGUCACCCAUUCUAUUUUUUAUUUGGCAAGUAUAUACGGUUUUUAUAUAUUAAAGAAAGCUUCUACAGAAAAUAAUAGUAAGAUAUAUAUGGAAACAAAAUUAAAUAACAAUAAGAACAAAUUAAUAAUAAAUAAAAGAAAUAUAGAUAAUCUUUUAAAUGUGUUAGAAAACGAUUUUUUAAAAAUAAAAUAA